CCCGGAAGCGGAUGGUGUGCUAGCGAGUGCUCACUUCCACGUAUCAUUUGCUGUCACUUAAUCGCUUCACAUGCCGUCAUCGUUUUAGCCUCGGUAAUAAUAAUAUGGGACCACUGUUAAACGUUACGGCGCUGAGAAACAGAAAGAAAAGUGCUGCAAAUCCCCCGAGACCUCAGCUUUGACCUCCAGUGGGAGCAUUUCAUGACAGCAUGUUGGUGACAGCGUAUCUUGCCAUAGUUUUUCUGCUUGCCCUGUGCGUUGGCCUCGAGCUUACGGCACGCCGCGUCACCCCACCUCAGUCCACCCCUACAGCUGUAGCCAACCCAGCUUUCCGUGGCUUCCAGACAAUAUUCCUCAGGGCAUACCUUCUGGCUUUGUGGGCAGACUGGCUCCAGGGUCCUUAUCUCUACAAACUUUACCUCCACUACAGCUUCCUGGAAUCCCAAAUAGCCAUUUUGUAUGUAUGUGGUCUGGCCUCUUGUGUUCUCUUUGCUCCUUUUGCAGGCUGGCUCCCUCAGGCUUUGGGCCGCAGGCAGACCUGUCUUCUGUUCUGCUUGUCAUACUCUGCUUGCUGUCUCACCAAGCUUUCCAGAGACUACUUUGUUUUGAUUGUGGGCCGCAUCUUGGGGGGACUGUCCACAUCCCUGCUAGCAACCACAUUUGAAGCCUGGUACGUGCACCGACAUGUUGAUGUCCAUGAUUUUCCCAAGGAGUGGAUCCCCAGCACCUUCACCAAAGCUGCUACCUGGAACCACGGACUCGCAGUGGGUGCAGGGCUGGUGGCUAACUUACUGGCUGAGUGGCUCCACCUUGGGCCAGUAGCCCCCUUUCUCCUGGCAGUCCCCUGUCUGGCUUGCUGUGGCUGGGUAGUCCUGACUGACUGGGGCAAAGAAGAGGCUCAAGGGGUUCCUGAAGUAGACAAACAGACUCUGCUCACUGGCACUCCAAAUGGAGGUGUGACCCAUUUGUCUGCAAAAGCACGGUUCUCACGCAGCUGCCACGAGGGGCUGCGCUGCCUACUGUCAGACAGGAGAGUCAUGCUCUUGGGGGGAGUCCAGGCUCUGUUUGAAAGUGUCCUCUACAUUUUUGUUUUUCUGUGGACCCCAGUACUGGACCCUCAUGGGCCUCCGUUAGGAAUAGUCUUCUCUUGCCUGAUGGCUGCCAGCAUGGUUGGGUCCUCGCUAUACCGCCUAGCCACCUCAACCCAAUACCGUCUACAGCCUGGGCACGUACUCUGCCUUGCUGUGCUGAUGGCCUUCUUCUCUUUUUUUAUGCUAACCUUUUCCACUGCCCCAGGACAACCUAGACCUCAUGAAUCCUUUCUGGCCUUCCUGCUCCUGGAGCUGGCCUGUGGUCUCUAUUUCCCUGCCUUCAGCUUUCUUCAGGGCAGGGUGAUCCCAGAGGAGAAGCGGGCCGGUGUGCUGGCCUGGUUCCGGUUGCCGCUGCACCUGCUGGCCUGCUUAGGGCUGCUGGCCCUCCACGGGGAGGUAUCAGGAACAGGUGGAGGGGAGGGUGGUGGGGGCACCAGACACAUGUUUGGAGGCUGUGCCGUCAUGAUGCUGGCAGCUCUGAUGGCUGUGGUCAGUCUUUUCACCCUGGGUAGAAAUGACACAGAUCUGAGACUGGAGGGAAACAGAGCAGAAUGGGAAAUGUAACAAGUCGAUCAGCCACAUGUCCACUUUUGCUUGUCUGGUUUAAAAUGUAUUAUCUCAGUUUUGUCUAACUGAACCUAGAGACAUCAUAUUCAACCAGACUACUUUUAGGUGCACAUUUUGCCAAAAGCAGAGUUGAAUGAAAUUGUGGGGUGUUUUGGUAAAAAUGUUUAACAUUUUAUGUCAUGUUGAUUCCUUAUUGUUUAUUGGUUACAGACUUUUGUUAAUGUCUUUGGGAACAUUUGUCAAUGAAACUGUUGAAAACUUGGCUGAUACUUUUUGUAUCAGUCCACUAAUUAUUCCAGAUGAAGUGUUUCUGUCUGUAGGGAUUUCACCUGCCAGAAUCCCAGGAAGAUUUGGUGAUGCUGAGCCUUCACCUAAUGCUUAAAGACAAAUCUGAAAAGAUUUUACUUAAGAGACCUGAAUGGAUAUUUGAAAUUAGGUGAUGGCUAGUUAGUAGACUAGCAAAUGAAUGUUAGUGUCUUCUAUAUUUCUUUUAUUUCUUCUGCAGUGCAUUGGUUCCUGUAUGUUGAGCAGGAUCUGUUUUGUUUUUUGGGGGCGGGCGGGGUGUCCUUUAAACCAGGCAAGGAGCAGCAGCUUUACUUUGAAUGUCUUUCCUGUGUCAUCUGCAAAAUGCUCUGUUUUGAUGUUCUUUAUAUGGCUCUUUGUGUUACACUUUUAAAUAAAAGUGUUUGUAAUAUGUUAAAUUAUAUUGGGAGGGAGUUCUAUUUUGUGGCAUAUGGUUGUUUUUAUAACAUUUAUUCAACAGGAGUUUACAAAUCAUUAUUACAAAUUAUAUAACAUGUCUAUUUUGAUGUUUUUGAGAAACCGCUUUGAUUUGAGU